AUGGCGGAACUCGAGAUCAUCGACGCCGAGAUCGUCCCUCGAGCGUCUCACGAGCAAGAGCUUGCAGCCAUCAGCAGCCAUCAUGCGACUGCCAAGCAAGCCGUCGCACCUGCUCUGACCUCUCUCUAUCCAGUCUACACACAAGCAGAGCGCGAUGCAGCCCUUCGACUGCUCGCUCCAUCCACGCACGACGUUGUGCUCGGCGCUGGAUGGACGGAUUCGGAAGCGCCCUCGAACACGCUCGGCGACGAGGAGCAUGCAUCUCGUCGCGACUCGUCCUCCUCAUCCUCUUCAUCCUCUCAUUCCGGUCCUUCGACGCCGUCAGGUCUGACGCUGCUUUCACAAUCAAUCCUCAAAUCCGCCCGCAGCGACGACGCGCACUCAGACGCGCUCCUGGUCCGCUCGUGCCUGCAAGGCUGGUCCCUCUCCUUUGAGCUCACACCCCACCAGCCCAUUCCCGCACCUCAAUCUUCGGACGAGAUCCUGAUCCGCAACGACGCAGUCGGCCUCAACCCGGUCGACUGGAAGAGCGUCUCGUACAACUUUGGCAUCCCUGCCUUCCCCUGGAUCCUCGGCCGCGACAUUGCAGGGACGAUCGUUCAGCCUCCCGCGGACAACGAGGAAGGGUGGAAGGUGGGCGAUCGUGUCUGGACGUGCGCAGACUCGCGGUCGAUGCGUGCGGGCGGAUAUCAGAGGUUCUCUGUGCACAAGAAGGGAACGCUGGCGAAGAUCCCGGAUCAGAUGACUGACGAGGACGCUGCGACAUUGGGGACGGGUCUGAUCACGGCCGCUGUCGCGCUGUUCGCCUUCUUCAAGUUGCCAUUUGCACCGCUCGAGGACAAUGAGCUGGCAAGCAAGCUCGAUCAAGUAAAACUCGUAGAAGAGCAGGACAAGUCCGACUGGAUUCUCAUCUACGGCGGAGGUGCAGUGACCGGCAUCUACGCCACCCAGCUCGCGGCCAUCUCGAACCUGCGCAUCAUCUCCAUCGCUUCGCCGUCCAACUUCGACUACCUCCGCUCCAUCGGUGUCUCAGCAUGCGUCGACCGCCAUCAGUCGCCCGACGCAAUCCUCUCCUCCAUCUCCUCGGUCCUCUCGGAACACGGCGGGCAGCUGCGAUACGCUAUGGACUGCGUCUCAUCCAGCACAGCCAAUCUCUGUCUCGAAGCUCUCCGCUCCAACGCAGGGGACAGCGCAAAAGAGCUCAUCUGCCUCGCGGGCAACCCCAAGGCCGAAGCGGGCGAGGUGACGGUGCACAAGAUCUCGUUCUCGACCACGUUCUACCACCCAGAUGGCGUGUUUGCGAAGGACGUGCUGGCGUACGUGACACGCUUGUUGCGAGAAGAGAGGUUGAAGCCCUGCCGACCCGAGGUGUUGGCUGAUGGCUUGGCUGGCAUUCGAUCCGGCCUCGAGCUGCUGAGAGAAGGCAAAGCUCCGCGAGCGAGAAAGCUCGUCGUCCGCGUGUCCGACACACCAGCGGCGGACGUGACCCAUCUCGGCGUGCGCACCGAGCUCGGUUGGAAUGGUGUCGUGUGA